AUGGGUGUGAAAUUAUACGCUGCAGACUUCAGCCCACCGGUGCGCUCCAGCAUGAUGGCUCUCGAUAUCUUCAACGUACCUUUUGAGAAGAUAACACUCGACUUACUAAAACUAGAACACCAUGAUCCAAAAUAUGUAGAGAAAAACCCGAUCCACACGAUCCCGGUAUUAGAAGAUGGAGAUUUGAUAUUGCAUGAUAGUCACGCCAUAAUGGCGUACCUUGCUGACACCUACGGAAAGGAUGACUCUUGGUACCCAAAGGAUAUCAAAAAACGAGCGCUGGUUAAUCAAAAACUAUUUUUCACCACAGGUGUCAUUUUCCCGAGGUUACGAAUAAUCACAUACUAUCUACUACAAAAAGGAAGAAAAGCUAUAGAGCAAGAAUGGCUGGACAACAUUGAAGAAGCUAUUGGUUUCGUGGAACAGUUUUUAUCCCGGACAAAAUUCAUCGCCUUGGACCAUGUCACCAUCGCUGAUGUUGCAGUUCUAAGUCAUUUGUCUUCAGUGGAACCUAUCCUACCAAUAGAUCCGGAGAAAUAUCCGAAAACGGUUGCCUGGUUAGAAAUAAUGAAAGCGACGCCAUAUUGCAAGAAAUAUAACGAAGAAGGCGUAAAAUCUCUUACUGCAAUCAUUAUGCACGCUAUUGGUAAAAAAUAA